UAUGACAAACCAAAUCACAGCAGGUUGUAGCCAGCAGUGGUUCCUCAACCAAGAUCUGACUGUGACAAACCAAAACCCAGCACCUCAGCAGCCCACCUCUCUCAACAUAUCCUCACAAUCCAAAUGGAUGUGCAGAGACACCGACCUGGUUGUAUCAGAAGACGGGCUUGGCAAUGGCACCUGCGAAGCUGAGGCUCUGGUGUCAUUACAUUGUUCUGGCAGUAGUGAAUGUGCUACUGCUGGGGAUGAGCGCCUUGCUCUGAGCAACAACAGCAUGUCAACGUAUUCUGACAGUGACCUCUCUCUGCCUGAGGUCUGCAUUUCUACCAACAAAGAUAGCAUUGAAGAUGAUAUGAACUAUGAGGUCCAGCAAGCCUAUAAGAUUUUCACUACUAUUCUCUUGGACAAACACAAAGCAAUCACCAGCCAGUUCCUUCACCCUAUUGGCCGCCAUGAGGCCAAGCAUGGUAUCGGAGGGGUUCAUUCACAACUUAAGCAGUCAAUGUGCUUGCAGAGGAUAAAAGAGAAGUUUAUCAACCAGGAAUUUGAGACGAUAACAGAAUUUGUUGCAGACUUCAGGCUCAUGUUGGAGAAUUGUUACCGCUAUCAUGGGGUAGACCACUGGAUCUCUAAACAAGCUCAAAAGCUGGAAACUAUACUGGAACAGAAGCUUACAUUGCUUUCCAGGACUCUACGAGAGAAAACAACACUGGCUGUGACAUCUAAAGGACGUUUCGGCACAGAGGAAGAGCGAGGCUCGGGGGGCACCUCAACGAGGAGAAGACCGCCAUCUCGUAACCAUCCUACCUUGAUCGGUCAUGAGUCUGUCAUGGUGCAGAAGCUGCGCCUGGAGGAACAACAGAGGGCCAAGGAGGAGAAGAGGCAACGUGAGCUUGAGAAGAAAGAGGCAGAAGAAAUAUCAGCUAAAGAGGUGGAAGAGUGGGAGCAGAGCUUGCUGUCGCAGGCUUUCCCCCACACAGUGGACACCCUGUGGGAACUCCCUGCUAUCGGACACUUCCUUUGCCUUGCCCAGACUGCGCUCAAUCUUCCCGAAAUAGUAUUUUUUGAGCUGGAGCGUUGUUUGCUCAUGCCACGCUGCAGCUUGCUCCUGUCCAAAAUCAUGUCCUCCCUGCUGUUCCCACCACAGCGCAGGGCCACUCUGCACCGCCGGUCUGCACUGCCUUACCGUCGCUGGGAGUCAGAGCUGAGGCAGCGCGUUAUGGGCUGGUAUCGAACUGUCGGCGCUUCCCGUGAACAGCCACGUCGUGCUGAGCAGCUGGGACUUUGUCACCAGUUUUUCAACACAUUGGGGGAGAUUAGUCCUUUGGAGGAGAAACCCUUUCAUUUGUUGCCUUUCUACCAGCAGGUUUGGCUUCUGAAGGGACUGUGUGACAACGUAUAUGAGACGCAGAAGGACGUACAGGAUGCUGUGCUGGCCCAACCCAUUCAUGAAUGUAGGGAGUCUAUUUUGGGCUAUGACAGCAAAGAGAACGCAUAUAUACAUUUUCCACAUUUCUGUGGAGCAGACCUGAGAAUCUAUUGCCAGAGUCCCAGCACUCCUCCAACAUUUCCUUUCCCCUCUGUUCUGGUGAAAAGAGUUGAAACUGAGCAAGGAACAGAGGGUGAAGAGUCAGAUGCAAUAAAGAAGGAGGCAGAUAAUACUGAGACUGCCUGUGAUGGUGCCUUGUUGGACACAGGAAAGAGUAGAGACUUUGGAAAAAGAACAGAGACGCCUGGAGUUUUCAGAAAAGAGAAGGGGAAUAAAGAGGAAGAUAAACAAAGGUUUCAGACAUGGUCAAUGGUGAAAGAAGUGCCUAAAUCAGGGUCCUCUUAUGGAAACGCCUGCGAAAACUUUAAGUGGGAUGUAAAACUACACACAAACUCUUUAUUUCUUACAGACAGACACAUUGUUGGAGAGGAUGAUGUGAAAAUGAACUUGAAACAAGAAUUUUCAAAUUUAGAGCAGCAAUCUAAGCAGAAGCGGGUCUUCUUAUUGGGUUCAGAACGUACCAUUAAAGCAGAAACACAAGAUCCUUGUUUGAAUGUUGGAGAGCACAGCUACACAGGCCGGUCACCUGCUUCCUCGUUGAACCUGGGGUCUCCAACUAAAUUUGUGGACGUCAAAAUAGAGGACUUAAGUCCCAGUCAGUGUCAUCAAACUUCUCCCUGUCUAGACUGUUGUAAAAGCAAAACUGGUCAUGCAAAUUCUACAGAAGAUAACUACUGCUGCAGUGCAUCUGGACUAGCAACUCAGUUGUCUUCUGAGAGUACUCAAAACUCAAGUGAAGAGUGGGUGAAUGACAAGAUCUGUGCUAAGAAAAAGAAGCGGAAGCAAGUAAAAGAUCAGUUGGUGGGGCUAAAAAGAGAGCACAUGCACCUACAGCAUGUGGACAGGAUGAGGCUGUCCCAAGAUGAUCCUGCCAAGUCUGCGAUUCGAAGAGUUGCAACAACAAUUAGGAGGACGGACAAAAAGAAAAUACAUAAAACGGAGAAAAAACCUGAAACUUUGAGGAAAACUAAAGAUGAGACUCGACCGGCAACAUCAUUUAAGCUGGUUUGCAGCAACCUAGAUGAACUACGAGAGCUGAUCAGUAGGACUGAAGAUGAGCUUGAUGAACUGGAGAGCAUGAAAAAGAAACUGGGUCGGUGGUACUAUAAGAAAGAAGCAGUGAAAGAACUCCACAGCACUCUAAUCAGACUUCUGAACGAACUUUUACCUUGGGAACCAAAACUUGUUAAGGCCUACCAAAGAAACAGGCUUCGUUUAAAGAAGGAGUUUGAUGAUUUCAAGAAGCAUCCAGAGUACAAUAACUUUGUGCGUGAGGAGUGUGUUUCAUCAUCAUCAUCAUCAAAUGAUGAUGAUGAUGAUGAUGAAGGGAGGAAUUUGGAGGAUGAUUGUGGAGAAUUAGAAGAGGAGGAUCAGGAGCAUGUUCCUAGAGGCCUUUGGAGUGGAGGUAAAGGCUACACGCCCAUCCCUACCCUGCUGGCUAAGAGUGUGGGAAACAAAGUGACCUUGAUGAAAAGACCAACUGAUUUCCCAGACAUCACCUACUGUCCCAACAGAGACAAUCAUCUCAAUGGCCCAAACCCAAAAGCAGGCUUCCAAAUUUACUCAUUCUAUGCUCACAACAGGAACGAGUAG